CUGGUGUUUGGAUGUCUGGUUCUCUCUGUGUUCUCCACCAUCCCGGCUCACCAGGAGUUCUCCUCGCACUGCCUGCUCAUCCUGGAGUUUGUGAUGAUUGUGGUGUUUGGCCUGGAGUACAUCAUCAGGAUAUGGAGCGCCGGCUGCUGCUGCCGCUACCGAGGCUGGCAGGGACGCCUCCGCUUUGCCAGGAAACCGUUCUGUGUCAUAGACAUCAUCGUACUCAUCGCCUCGGUUGCCGUGGUUUCGGCCGGUAGCCAGGGCAACAUCUUCGCCACGUCUGCGCUGCGUAGCCUCCGCUUCCUGCAGAUCCUGCGCAUGGUGCGUAUGGACCGCAGGGGCGGGACCUGGAAACUGCUGGGAUCUGUAGUUUACGCACACAGUAAGGAGCUGGUGACUGCCUGGUACAUCGGCUUCCUGGUGCUAAUCUUCUCCUCUUUCCUGGUGUAUCUGGUGGAGAAAGAAUUCAACAAGGACUUUGCCACCUACGCCGAUGCUCUGUGGUGGGGAACGAUCACCCUCACCACCAUUGGAUAUGGCGAUAAGACCCCGCAGACAUGGACAGGACGGUUAUUAUCCGCUGGUUUUGCUCUGCUGGGGAUCUCCUUCUUCGCCCUUCCAGCUGGCAUCCUCGGGUCAGGCUUUGCCCUGAAGGUGCAGGAGCAGCAUCGACAGAAGCACUUUGAAAAAAGGAGGAACCCAGCUGCCAGCCUCAUCCAGGCGGCUUGGCGUCUGUACUCCACCGACGGCGCUCGUCCCUACCUCAGAGCCACCUGGCACCACUACCAAAGCGCCCUCCCCCCCCUCAGGCAUGUAUCCCCUCCACCACCACCACCUCCACCUCCACCAGCACCACCACCAGCACCACCCAACCGCAGUGCAUCAACACUACCCCCCACCCCAAAAAAAACUAAUCAGUGUGUCUGGCGUAGUUAUGCUGCUGAUGAGAACUCGGUUUCCAUUGCUACCUGGAAGCCUCAUUUGAAGGCGUUGCAUACCUGCAGCCCCGCCAAGAAAGAGCAGGGCGAGACCACUUACAGUCAGAAGUUGAGUUUUAAGGAGCGGGUCCGGAUGGCGAGCCCCCGCGGUCAGAGCAUGAAGAGCAGGCAGACGUCCAUCAACGACCGCCAGCGCUGUUCCCCCGGCAACGAGGUGGUGGGCAGCGGCGAGCUGAUGGGCGGGAGUCCUGCGAAGGUGCAGAAGAGCUGGAGCUUCAACGAUCGGACCCGCUUCAGGCCGUCGCUGAGGCUGAAGAGCCAGCCUCGCACUCCUGUCCCAGACGUGGACGCAGGCAUGGCCACGGAGGACUCCUUCGACGAGAGAGGCUGCCAUUGCGACGUUACAGUGGAGGACCUGUCAGCUGCCCUCAAAGCUGUCAUCAGAGCUGUCAGGAUCAUGAAGUUCCACGUAGCGAAGAAGAAGUUUAAGGAGACGCUGCGUCCGUACGACGUGAAGGACGUCAUCGAGCAGUACUCUGCAGGACAUCUGGACAUGCUGUGUCGCAUCAAGAGCCUUCAGACCAGACUAGACACUGUAGUGGGUCCCCCUCCGAGGCCUUUGAGCAGCCGGGCCAAGACCUUUUCCUCUCCCUCCCUGCAUUUAUAUUACAGCCAGGCCCGGAAGAAGCAGUCUGCAUUGGGGGUGGAUCAGAUUCUGGGAAAAGGCCAGAUUCCUGUGGACAAGAAAAUGAGGGACAAGCUGCACCCAGAUGGAGACUCUCUGGAGGGCAUGAGCAUGCUGGGACGUGUAUGUAAAGUGGAGAGACAGGUAACGUCCAUCGAGUCGAAGUUGGACUCCUUGCUGGACGUUUACCGCCAAGUCCUGCAGAAAGGCUCUUCUGCGCUCACCCUCUCCUCCCUGCCCCUGUUUGAGCUGGACAACCAUCAGCACCACAACUCCAGCUACCCCACCUCCAUCAUCGGCAGGGACCUCCCCUCCCCGCAGGGUGGCAAUUCGGUCGGAGGCGGAGGAGACAACAAUACCGGCAUGCACCGCUCCCUCAGUGCCAACCCGAGAGGCUUGCGGCUCAUCCUGGCGCCCGCUGACGACGACGGUCCUCCGGACUCGGCGCCUCCAUCCUACCCGCCAUCCACAGCCUCGCUCUCCCCGUCGCCCCUGCUGCCCCCCGACAGCCCCUACCCAACCCUGGUCACCCCGAACUCCAAAAAAGCACACUUCCCUGACCUGCCGCCUCCGCCUCCCUCAGCGGGGAGUUUCACCCUCCAGCUGCCCCCCAUGGUGCACCCGUCUCACCUCCGAUGCCCUCCUGAACCUGUCCCGGAUGAUGAUCUGACAGGUGAGGUGGUGGCAGGUGAGGGCAGCCUGGGCCCCGCUGUUGUUGUGGGAUGCAGCGUGGACCAAAAGGAGGACAGUGAGGCGGGCUCUGUCCAGGGAAGGGUGCAGCUGCGGGAGAAGCCUGGCUUGAAACCCGAGGGGGUCUGGAGGAGGCACAUGAGCCUGGAGGUGAACCCCCUGCUGCUUCUCUCAUCCAGCCCAGAAGGGAGGCCCUCAGACUGGGAAGGCAGUCUGGGGAAAUCCCUCUCUGCGCAUAAUCUCAGCCAGCCUUUGACCAACCGUGCCCCCGGUCUGUCCUCUGCACUCAACAACAGCAGCAGCAGCAACAGUAGCGAGCGUGGCAACGCCCACAGUCACCUCAGCAACUGGGAUGGAACAGAACUCUUCAUUCGUGAGCCGACAGCAGAACAUUUCAAUUUUCUGUCCCAGGGACCCAGCAGCAGCCCCUCGGACCUUUUACAGACUGUGGAGGAGGCUGUGCUUCACCCGAAGGGAAACUCAGAGUUCCUCAGUCAGUCCUCACACAUACAGCUGGCAUAACCACACACACACACACACACACACACACACACACACACAUACUGUACGUACACACCAUUGUGGGUGAAGCCACUUUUUAAAGUAUUUUUUACACGACACCACACAGAUUAUGUUGCAGAUUUUACAAUUAGAUAUUUGUAUAUGGACGAACAAUGUUUUGAUAUUUCGUCUGACAUGAUUACGUCCAGUUUAUUAUCCUGAACACUUUCUAUAGGCUACAAACAUGACUACAGCCUGUAGAACAGAAGAAUGUAUUCGUGCAAGUGGCCAUAAUCAUGUCAGACAAAAUAUCCAAACAAUACACAGAUAAGAAAAACAGCUUUGUAGGCGAAAAGGUAAUUUUAUUGACUUUAUACAGAAAGGGUCACACUUUUCAUAUUCAACAGUAUAAAGUGCAAAAAAAAAAAGAGAGCUUUAUUUGAAAUGCAGAAGAAAGAAUGAAUCCGUUUCUGAGCCUGCAGUCUGACUCCUGCCAGUGCAAAUUAAAUAAUAUUGAUUCAUCACAAAAACGACUGUGUAAAGUUAGCUUUCUGGGCUCAAACCAAAGAACCGAAUUUGGGCUCAUUGGCCACAAAAAGUCUAACUUUUCAUAGCAGAAAUUAAAGGAAGCAGAAGAAAACUGAGUGUAAUUCUCUCUCAGCUGAAACUAGUUGCAACUCCCCAAGUUUAAAGUGUUGAUUAACCUCAUCAGAUCUUUCCCAACAUGAGGUGAAGCCAGUGAGCGCAGCUACAUGCACAACACUUCCAUACACACACACACACAGACACGCAGAAACACACAACCAUCGACCGCAACCACCACCAAGAAACGCCAACCUGACGAAGAGCUGAGACUGACUAAAGACUUAUUUUUCAUACAAGUGCUUGUAUUCAGAGACUUUCUUGGAAGAGGAGGAGAGUCACUCACUCCGCUUACUCAGUGUCUUUCUUUGGCAACGUAAAAUGUCAUCUUUUUACUUACGCUUUCAUACAUAUCACUGCAUGGACGGUUCCCAAAAAACACACACGAAUGGUAGGAUAAUAACGGGGCGAGGCCUGGCGCGAGUUAAAGGCCGAACCCUCGGCAUGUAUUCAGACCACAGACGUGUCAUUCUGUUCAUUCCACACAACUGCAAGAGAUCUUAGUUUAUGCUGAUAUGGUUGCUUAGUUUCAUCUGUCAGCAAAAUGUCGGUAAAUUUGGAUGCAGCACAUCUAAUGGAAAAAAUGGCCCAUCAGCAGUCCCUUAAGACAAGCGCUGGACCACCUCCUGCUCGGUUCUGGACGGUAGCCUGGCCAGUUAGUUGUCCGAAUGCUGAAUUGCAGCAGACGUAUAAAGUGGGCUUCCUCUGCCAAGCAUGAGAAGCUGCAUGUCGAAGCAGCCGAGAGCAGUCGCACAUCUGCCGGAUGUCCUUCUGCAUGUUGGAAUCAUCCAAACCUUUAAUGAAGAGGUACGAACAAAAUCUGCCUAUACGAAAAACACUAUAUUCUAAUUUGAACUAAUUUGAUAGUAGUUACAUGGAUAAUCCACUUAAUGUAAAAUUUUCUAACAAUCAUACAUUUAAAGGCCAUUUAAUGUUUUUCUUUUUCCUUUUUUUUUUUGUUUGACAAACCCUUACUUUUUACUGGGUGCUGGUUGCACCGCGUGCAUCAACAAUUAUUAUAGGCUGCUGCACUGACAUUAUUCCCUCUUCUGGGUCAAAAGUUAAAUACGCUGUGCACACGUUCACCCGAGGAGCCCGUGACAAUUAUGUACUGUAGUAUGCACACACUGUCGUUGAUCCGGUAUGCAUGUCGUUGCUUUAUCCACAUGUGCUGAAAAGGUCAGCAUUUUAUAUACUCACUUAUUAAAAUAGAAGAGAAUAAUAUCAACACAAAGGGAAUUUUGAAAGGAGAAUCUCGAGUGAUGUUGAGAAUAAAUGUGGCCCCUUUUUAGCUUUGCUGCCGCCCUCCGAAAGAUCACUUAUAAUUUAGCAGGAUUUUGAAUGUGCAUGCACUUCCUUUUCAUUCAUCUCAAUCCUAAUCAAAUAUAGUUUUGUCCAUUUCCAGAACAGGGCUGAAUGUUUUUUUUUUUCCUGACAGAUAUUGCAAUUUGAUUUACAGUAGAUAUAUAUCUUUAAAGUGAACCUUCUGUGUGGUUUUCACUGUGUGACAGAUUGAAAAGAGCAUCAGAGCAUGAGAUACCAUCAACAGCGUGACUCUCACACAUGGACGACGGCUUGAAUUUGUGAAACCACUGACAGUUUAAACCAGACUCCCUGUGUGAUCCCAAACUGCAGUCUUUCCAAUCUGCUAAAUGCAUUUUUGCAAUUUUGAUGAAUUGUUCAGCCCUAAUUCAGAUGUUUUCACUGGCAGGCUUUUGGGGGGGAAAAAAAGUGCUGCAAGUGUCUUAAUUGUUUUCUCCUGCUUGUAGAUGGUGACUGCUCUUAAAGGAGAAUUAUGCACAAAACCACGUCAGCCAUCUUUGUUUUUGUCAGCCGUCUGUUUUGUACGCAGUCGCAGCAGUCUUAACAAAAAUGUAUUUUAACGUGCUAAUGACGUCCCUUAUUCAUCAUUAUUGUUUUCGGUUAUACUCCCCGGUGAAUAAGUGCUUAGCAAAUUAACAUUCUGUAGUUGAUUAUAACAAAUAUUAUCUUCUAACAAAUGACAGCUGUUAACACUUGUAGAUUGAUUUUAUUUUUGAGAUAUUCUAUAGCCCACGCAGGACUCGUUCUGCUAUGAUGAAGUAUAUUAUCGUCAUGAAAGCACAGUGGUUUCUGGUGAGAUUUGAGGAGCCUGAAAAUGUGACAUGGUAGUUUGAUGCUUAAUAUUGGAAUAGAUUUGUUGUAGUUCUUGAGUUUUGCUACAUAUGAAAAGAAGCCAACCAAAACCUAUCCGUUACUUUGGAGCCAGACAUCGAACACAUACUGAAUAUACUUAAAAGCCCACAAACUCCCAGCCAGUUGGGGAAUGGGAUGGAUUAUUCCCCUCCAUAGAACAUGCUCAUUUUUGCAAUCUGUAAAUUGCUUAAGGGUGCCUUUCUUACAUAUGAAAAGCCUUUUAUUUUUGUUCCUUCACAGAGCUAUAAAGGCCUCAUCUGCCUCCAGCUUAUAGCAUACUGUAUAGCUGAAGUAAAACUGCUCAUUUUGGGUUAGGCAUCCGGUUCAUUUAGGUCAUGUAGCUUUAGCCACAGACUUUAUAAUGGCUUUGAUGGCUAAUAAUACCAUUUCUCUACUGCUUGAACAGUAAUUUAUUACACAACUGGCCUUAAAGCUUGAUAAUGUUAACAUUAUUAUUACUUUGAAAUUAAUUUAUUAAAGUGCACAUUAUGUUCUCUGGAUGAGAAAUGUAAAAAUAAUUUUAUUAUUCAUUAAUAAAGUACGGAUUAACUAAAAA